CACUGAGGUGAUGAAGAACCCAUGGUUUCUGUCUCUUCAGCGUCGUGUCGUCCCUCCAGGCCGUCAUGGCGUCCUCAGCUGGAUGUGUGAUCGUCUCGUCCUGCCGGGACGUCUUGGAGGACAGACAUUGGCUGACCGACGCUUACAUCCUGUUUGCCACGCCCUACUUCGCUUACGACAUCUACGCCAUGUUCCUGUGCUACUGGCACAGGUUGCAGGUCAAAGGUCACGAGGAGGGGCAGGCGGGGGGCGUGGUCGGGUCAAAGCGAGCCGCCGUGGCAGGUUACCUGCGCAGGGAGAAGCUCAUGGUGCUGCACCACGUCUUCAUGGUGGCCUUCUGCUUCCCUGUAUCACUGCUGUGGAGGGGGGGCCGAGGGGACUACUUCCAGGGUGUCCUCUUCCUGACUGAGCUCAGCACUCCAUGUGUCUGUCUGACCAAAGUUCUCAUUCAGUUUAAGAAGCAACACACUCUGCUGCACAAAGUCAACGGCGUCCUGAUGCUGCUGCUCUUCUUCUUCUGCCGCGUGCUGCUCCUCCCGUACCUGUACUACUCCUACAGCCGCUACGCCUCUGUCCCGCUGCACCUGGUGCCCUUGCUGGCCCCGUGGCAGUGUAACCUGGGGGCCGCUCUGCUGUGGCCCCUGCAGCUCUACUGGUUCACGCUCAUCUGCACGGGAGUCCUCCGCGGGCAGAGGACGGCGGCUCGCUGCCCGACGGACGGCGGCGGGUCUGGAACUUGAGGACCUGAGGAGACCUGAGGAGACCUGAGGGGAAAACCAGGAGUGAGAACAUAAAGCAGCGUGUAGCCAGUGAGAGUAUAAAUGUUGAGGUAUGAACUCAAGAGAGCAGGUCUCUCUCGGUCAUUUUUUCAAAUAUUUGUAUUUGUCCAGGUAAAUAACAAUAUCUAAAAAUAACUGUGCAGUAGAAAUAACGUUUAAUUAUUGAAGUGUAAAUAAACCUUUUUAAAAU